AUGAUUACUUGUGUUUAUUUUCAAAUUAAGAUGGGAGACAUGGAAUUUGCUAAGGUCCACAACUCUACCGUUUUUCUCGAAGACCCUCCUGCAGCUCACAAUGACUUAAAGUUCAUUGUUGAUGGUUUGAAGAAGUCUUGCCUGGUCCAUGCUUUAAGCACUUGCCCUGUAAUUUAUCAGAAUCUGAUCAAGGAUUUCUGGAGGAGCGCAGUUGUGAAAAAGAAUAAUCAUGGUGAAAAGUUCAUUGAAUCAAAAAUUGAAGAAAAGAAAGUUCAAGUGUCAAAGAGCAUUAUUCAGGAAUCUCUUUAA